AUGAUUAGGGAUUGUAAUUGGGCAAAAGAAUGUUCUGUUGAUUUUCUGUUAUAUAAUUGUUACCGUUCGCAAUCUGUUCCUGUUGAUUUUGUUUUUGAUUUUUUUCGUGAUACGACCCCUGAUAGAGUACCCUAUAUCGGUAACGAUAGCCGCAGGGCAGGCUUAUUUUUUGCAUUCGACUGUCGUUAUUUGAGUUUGCGUUUAUCGCCAAUUAUUCCUGUUAUUGGAGGAUUGUUGUUUAUUUUUGUUAUUUCUGUUAUGUUUCGUGCUGCUUGCUCUGAUCCAGGAAUUAUACCAAGAGCUACACCAGAAGAAGUUAUAUAUCUUGAAAGAUUAGACGUUUCCAACAAUCCUCAGAAUGUUGCAUUACCAGGUCGAAUUGUCGAGGUGCAAAUUAACGGUCAAACAAUUCAACUAAAAUUCUGUCAAACGUGUAAAAUGUAUCGACCACCAAGAACAUCACAUUGUUCUGUAUGUGAUAAUUGUGUUGGUAUGUAUAUAGAAAGUCAUUCGACCAGCACAUGA